CGCAGUGUCGGCACAUCCGGGCACUGGGGCAGGAUGAGCGCUCCUUUCCAAGAUGGCGGCGGAGGGAGGUGGGAAGGAGAUGAACGAGAUUAAGACCCAGUUCACCACCCGGGAGGGGCUGUACAAGCUGCUGAGCCACUCGGAGUACAGCCGGCCUAACCGCGUGCCCUUCAACUCGCAGGGCUCCAACCCCGUCCGCGUCUCCUUCGUCAACGUCAACGACCAGAGCGGCAACGGGGACCGGCUCUGCUUCAAUGUGGGCCGGGAGCUCUACUUCUACAUCUACAAGGGGGUCCGCAAGGCUGCGGACUUGAGUAAACCAAUAGACAAAAGGAUAUACAAAGGAACACAGCCUACAUGCCACGACUUCAAUCACUUAACAGCCACAGCAGAAAGUGUGUCUCUUCUAGUGGGCUUCUCUGCAGGCCAGGUCCAACUUAUAGACCCUAUUAAAAAAGAAACUAGCAAAUUAUUUAAUGAGGAAAGACUAAUAGACAAGUCCCGAGUAACCUGUGUAAAAUGGGUACCAGGUUCGGAAAGCCUUUUCCUAGUAGCUCAUUCCAGUGGCAAUAUGUACUUGUAUAACGUGGAGCACACUUGUGGUACCACAGCCCCGCACUACCAGCUACUUAAACAAGGAGAGAGUUUUGCAGUGCACACUUGCAAGAGUAAAUCCACAAGAAACCCUCUGCUUAAAUGGACAGUAGGUGAGGGUGCCCUGAACGAAUUUGCCUUUUCCCCUGAUGGGAAGUUCUUGGCGUGCGUGAGCCAGGAUGGUUUUCUUCGCGUGUUUAACUUUGACUCGGUGGAAUUGCAUGGUACAAUGAAAAGCUACUUUGGAGGACUGCUGUGUGUGUGUUGGAGCCCCGAUGGGAAAUACAUAGUGACAGGAGGAGAGGAUGACUUGGUGACAGUUUGGUCUUUCGUGGACUGUCGAGUCAUAGCGCGAGGCCACGGACACAAGUCGUGGGUCAGCGUGGUGGCCUUUGAUCCGUACACCACUAGUGUAGAAGAGAGCGACCCCAUGGAAUUUAGCGGAAGCGAUGAGGAUUUCCAAGACCUUCAUUUUGGCAGAGAUCGAGCAAAUAGCACGCAGUCCAGACUGUCCAAAAGGAACUCUACAGACAGUCGUCCAGUAAGUGUUACGUAUAGAUUUGGUUCGGUAGGCCAGGACACGCAGCUGUGUUUGUGGGAUCUUACAGAAGAUAUCCUCUUCCCCCACCAACCUCUGUCAAGAGCAAGGACACAUACAAAUGUCAUGAAUGCCACAAGUCCACCUGCGGGAAGCGGUGGAACUAACCCAGGAAGUAAUGGAAACAGUAUCACAACACCUGGAAACUCUGUACCCCCUCCUCUUCCGCGGUCAAACAGCCUUCCACACUCUGCAGUCUCAAACGCUGGCAGUAAAAGCAGUGUCAUGGAUGGUGCCAUUGCUUCUGGCGUUAGUAAAUUUGCAACCUUAUCGCUACACGAUCGGAAGGAAAGACACCAUGAAAAAGAUCACAAGAGAAACCAUAGCAUGGGACAUAUAUCUAGCAAGAGCAGUGACAAACUGAACCUAGUUACUAAAACCAAAACGGACCCAGCUAAAACUUUGGGAACACCUCUCUGUCCCCGAAUGGAAGAUGUUCCCUUGUUAGAGCCUCUUAUCUGUAAAAAGAUAGCACAUGAAAGACUGACUGUGUUAAUUUUUCUUGAAGACUGUAUAGUCACUGCUUGUCAGGAGGGAUUUAUUUGCACAUGGGCAAGGCCUGGUAAAGUGAGUAAAAGCCUCUGAAUCUUGCUGCUGCUUCCAUCAUUGCCUCAGAAGGCCUUCAUUAAUUUGAUGCCACUGCCAGCCUGAAGAAAGAAUUGGAUGGAAAAGCAAAGGAGGCUUGCAGUGUCUAAUGUAAUUGCCAUUGAGCAGUGCUACCUCUCCCUCUCAUUUCCAACAGCCAUCAAAACAUGUGCUGGAUAAUUUGACAGUGUAUGACAAAUUCUGUUUAUUUUUCUGGUUGGGCUUGUGCUGCCCUGAGUGGAAAAUAAAUCCAGAAGUAUCUGUUCAGCCAUGAUCCCUGUGAUAGUUGAUAGUCUGUGCAGUGCUGACGUUGUCCUGACAGUUUGUUUAUAAACUUUCCAAAUUACUGCUUCAGUGUGUACAAAAUCCUACCUUGAGCUUCCUCACGGGAUGUGCUGUUCUUGCAUUGCACUUCCAGAACUGCUCUGCCAACUCCCAGUCAGUGAAGUGAAGUGAAUGGCAAAAUUCAAUUAGAAACAAGUUGGAUGAAGUUCAGGGUUCAUUAGUUUCAAUUUUUUAUUCUUUUUUUUUUUUUUUUUGUGAGGUGGUUUCUGUGAAAGGUUCAGGGCGGUCAGAAAAAUAGGUUGCCUUAACAAGAGUGUGAGCUUUUCUCCUCAACAUGGUGACAAUUAGCUGUCAUCUCUCACCCCUGUCUUUGCCAGGCCCUGAUGGGAAACCUAAACAGGAUUACAGAACUGUUGGAUUAAUCUAGAAAUAUAGAAACAGAAUUUGGAAGGAAUAAAAGUAAACUUUACUGUGCUAUCUUUAUAGCUACGUCAAUCUGAAUUACAGGAUCUGUGGAAGCAAUUAAAAAACCCCAACAAAAGCAACCCACAAAACCCUAAAGUGGUACUUGGAUAUGCAAAAUAAGUUUUCUCUGAACUCAGUGGUCAGAGUAACUGCUUACAUGAUUUCUGUGUUGGGCUUCAGAAGUGACUGUUCACUGUCUGUAAGUGACUCCAUUUUCUGGGAGUGAAAGUGGUUGGGGAGUUCCCUGUGUCAGAAAGCUCAAGGUAAGAUUGGCCAGAAGCACCCCCGGGUGAAAUGGCAGUGUAUAACCUAGCAAGAGAAACAUCCUACCACUUUGUAAAACAAAUGCACAUGGAAUUUAUUUAUUUGACUUCUUGUACAGGAAAACUUAGACUUAAAUUAUAACAUCCUUGAAUUUUCUAGUUAACUACAAUUGUAGUACAGUAUCAUGUUUUAGUAUGGCUUCUGUUUUAGUGAAAGUACUUAACAUUCAUGUACUAUAUUUGAGUGAGACAAGCAGCUAUACAUACUAAUUCUUCCUCAGUGGAAAGGAGCAUUUCAUCAUUACAAUUGAAGUUCAAUUGCUGGUAUUUAAGUACUAUCAAAUAGAUUUCUUUCAACGUGAUACGGUAUCUGUAUAAACUUCAGGGAUGAUUAUAGUUAAACUGAAACACAGCUAUACAACUUCAGGUUACCAUGCUAAAAUUUGAAGCUUUCUGUAAUGUGCACAGUAGCAAAGUUGCACAUGGCAUACCCACAUUAUCAGGGUGAAUUAAACCUAGAGUACACUGGUGUGAUAUUUAUAGCAAGGUAUGUGUGUGUGCGUGUGUGAGGAGGUGUGACAAGUGGCUCCAGUGCAGCCAGGAGAGAUCCUAACCCUGUAAAGGCAUUAUGAUGAGGAUGUCUGGAUUAGGAAAUAACAUGACUUUUACUAAACACUUUCUAGAAAACCCAUGUUCUGAAUUAUCACCUCUUAAAAUUUGAGUAUGUACUUGGAAUGACUGUAUAUGUCGGCCCCUUUAACAACAUAAAACUACUAAAUUAAUAUUUAAAUUGCUGGCCUGCUUAUGUUACAAUAAUAAAAUUUGUGUCAGUUAAUUUACUGUCAAUUUACAUGUAAAGAUUAAACUAUUUUUUCUGCAUUUUAUGAUUCUGUAUACUGGAGUUUGUUAAAGAUUGACAUGUUAGGUGAUACUGUACAAAAUUGUAUUGACUACCUUUAGUGAAAAUCAAAAGUAAAAUUCAUAUGUAUUUCCUUUUUACACUUCCAUCUAAUUUCUUGACAACUUGAAUAAAUUUCAUAGAGCCUUUCUAACAUGAACUAUUGUUAAUUUAACUGUUGCAAUAAUUAAGCUUUAAGAAGUAUUGUUGGUAUAUUUAUAAUUUUAAGAAGAUCAUGUUUGUUUCAUACUGCUUAUUUUUAGCUGUUCUAUUGUCACUGUUACAGCUGAAGAACUUUACUAAAUACUUGACAUUACAAAAUAACUUGCUGGGGUUGUCCUCUGUAUACUGAUGUUAAAUAAAAAUGUGUGAUUGAACUGUAAAUGUAGAUAACUUUCAAUAGUCCUUUCCACAUUUGAGUUUUAAUUUAUCUUGCAGUGCUUAGGUGGUCUUAUGCUCUCACACUGUGCUGAACAAAUGGCCACAAUGAAACUGUUAACUUGCCUUGCUUUAGUAAGAAGUUGAUCACAUCUGUAACCUGCUCUGAGAAAAUGUUUCAUCUCAAGACUAUACAGAUGUUUUGAUGUUUAAAGCUUGCUGAUAAGGUCAUGACUCAAGGUAGCUAUUUUUUUUAGGACUAGAGUAACAUGAAACAGAAUACUUACCAAACCACUUUUCAAACUUGUUUAAACUCAGAUUCAGCAGAACACAGACAUGGCUGUCUCUAGAUUCUCUCUGCACACCUGUCCGGCAGGAGCUGGGGCAGAGUGUCGUCAUUCCUUCUAGGACUCUACAGGAGCUCUUUCCUCUGUGGACUCUGGUGCAGGGUAUGUUCUUUAUUCCAGCUUUAGAUCUUGGUGUUUGCCUAAUGAUUGCUGAAUUUACAGCCUCGAGGAUAUGGCUCAUACAGGUGUUUCAAGCAUUUUCUGUCUAGGAGAAAAUAGUCUAGGAUAAAACUCAUCUGAACUAAAAUAAACUAGACUAAAACUUUGCAAAAUUUCUUGGAGCAAAUUUAGGUGAAGACUUCAGAUGUUGCCCUUCCUUUUGAGGGGUUAGGCAUUGUCUCACCUUUGCAGCAGUGAUUCUUUGUUAACAAAGAGAAGCCAAACAAAUGCUAUUUACUGAAGUGUUUCAGAGGCAUUUUUGAGGAAUUUCAGUGUAAAAGUGCGUUACUUUGGGUCCAGUCUGACAGGGAGGACUCGUUUGUCUCUUAUGCAAAAAUACUCUGUAGAUUAAAGCUGAGGCAAUCAUCUUAUGUAAACCUGAGAACUUUGUGGUACUUCCAAAGUAUUGACUGACCAUUGUGAUGAUCUAUACAUAGAACAUUGAUGCAUAUUUAAGAACAGGGGCUAGUGAAAGCAAAAAUGAAAUCUGCUUGAAUGCUUCUGGAACAUCCAUUUAUAUCAAAUGAUGCAAGAACUGGUAGGUCAAACCAGUUUCCCAAUAGUCAGUGUGAGCCUGAAACAAAACCCAGCUUCCACAGGUUUUGUGGUCAGAGAAAGUAUUUGGCAAAAUAUGUCUUGAAACAUGAAGGUGUCAUUUUACUUGCCUUUAAUAAUGUUGCACAAGCUUCUCAAGGAGAUAACUUUUAAGACAAUGUUAUUUUCUGGGUUUUGAAGCUGGAUUUUAGGUAGGUGCUGCUCAACCUUAUCAAACUCAUUUGGCUCCUUUCUUCUAAGACCACAGUCACUUUAUGGCUAACUCACAUGGGGUUGCCUUAAGUUAUAUCCUUUUCCUUGAGGUUUUCCCUGGUUUAUCUCAAUUUCAUUAUUUUCUAAACUGAAAAUUUUACACCUUACUGACUUUUGUAGUUCAAGAAUAGUAGAGAAACAACAGUUUAUAAGCCUGUGAGCCCUUAGUACUUGAAUGUAGCUUAAGGUCCUAUUUUUUGAGCCCAGGUCAGGUUUCUGCUGGCAAAAGCCUUUUUGCAUUUUCAAGCACCCAAGUAGUUGCAUCUUAGUUUUUUUUUCCUCUUGGACCUGCAUAUCUUCCAUUCACGUAGUGCCACUGGACAGAUUUUUAGUUACUGAUGGUUUUCUACCAGCCUUGAAUUUGAAUUUUUUUUUGUUGACAGUGACCUCUGUUAAGAGAAACUCCUUUAUAUACACAGAAGAGAAGUUGCAAGUGAAACCCUAAAGGUGCUACAGUCUUUUAUAAGGUCUGGUGUCAAAUGGUUUAUGUAUUUAUACUUUUGUGUAAUGUUAUCGGAACAGAGAAAAAAAGGCAAAUGGAAUACAAAUUUAAAAGCCCAUUUAGUGAACACAAAAACUGUGUAAAGACAGGCAACAGCUUUGCUCUAUCCCCUAAAUCCCAUACAGAAUAUUUCUCUGUAGCAUGUUAUGUGAAUGAACAGCCUGUGCUUUCCUGAGCAUUUUUAUUAAAUUAAUUUUAUUGCUCUGUUAGAGAUUAAUAUGUGAUUUAGUGAGUAUAUGCAGUUCAGAAACUUUUGCUGUUAAACACUUAUUCUUUGGAUAAAGAACUUGGUUAUUUUGUUCAUGCAAGUAUUAAAACCAGUGCAGCUAAUUUACCUACAGAAUUUUAAACAAAUGUGAGAAAUCUCACUUUGGUUUUUGUGUCUUAUUGCUCAAACACCGUAAUGGACCGUGGGCUCUUUUCUCAAGCAAAGCUUCAGUCCACAAUACUGUGUGACUCUAGUUAGGUAGUAACCCUAAUCACUCAAAGAAUAUCACCAUUCUGGCCAAAAAAUAAACUACUCCUGGAGUAUUUUUCAAAUAACUUCCCAUUAUUUUACAUACUGGCAAUAGUAGAAAUGGUUUAACAAACCAGUACCAUUCUUGUAUGGGCGUUUGUUAAUUCAGCCAUAUUUUAAUUGGUUUAAUUGCAUUAGUGAAGUGUACUAUGAGACUUUCUUUUUUUACAUUGGAUUGCUUGUUAUGUUGUACCCUUUAUUUUUUCUACCUUUCAAUUUCAAACCAGAAAGUAGAAAGAUGAGCAGAUUUUGACAUCCAGCAUGUUCUGAGUGCCAGCAGAGCUGUUUCCCUAAAGGAGACAUGCACUUUCUGGAUCCUGCUUGCAUGUCCAAACUUGCUGUUUAUUAUCUAGAUUAGUGAAACUGUGUAUGAUUGCACCUUUGGCUCCAAUUAAACAGCUUCUAAUUUAAAUUAAGAAAAUAUUAACUCAGUGGCUACUGUUUACUAUUUUCCUAUUUAAUAUUGCAAUAUCUUCCUUUUUUUUUUUUUUAAUACAGCAAUUACAUGCUGAUCUUUCAUGGAAUUAUUUUCUCUUGUGAAACAUUAUGUUUCAUGUCUUUGGAAAAAAGCCCCAGACUUUUGUCUGGAUUGUAUGUGGAAUUUUUAAAAAUAUACCCACCCCUCUCCUCACAAUCCCAUAAAGGGGGAGGAGGGUUUGUGUUUGUGCUGCUGCAGUGAACAGACCCCAGCAGAUGAGUGCCACAACCUCGGGUGCAAAUGGCCUUCCUGAUUGUACUUGUUAUGGCUUUUCAUUCCUACCCAUGCCAGCGUAUUUCUACCAGAUGUGCAAAGUUCUGUGUGUUUCAGGAAGUCAGAGAAUGCAUGGAUAAACAGGAUAGCCCUAGCAGCUAGAGCUGAAGCAGCCUGUGUUCAAUACUCACAGCAGUGACUGACUUAGGAAAAAUGACCCCAUCCUCUGAGAGCUGCAUUGCUCAGCUGUGGACUGUCCCAUUGAGAUGACAGCAGCUACCUCUGAGGGUGGGAUGAAUAUUGUUUUACUAAAUUCCUGUCUUGGAGCUCAUAAUUCUUCCAUUUCCCACGCCUGCUAGACUCAUAUGCUGACAAAAUACUACUGCUAAUAAAACACUACAAUUAUUUACAAAACUUUGAGCAGUGUCUUAAUUUGUUCCUGCUGCUUGCUCAGUGGGAUCUGUUUGUCCUUAAGCCUGAAGCUGCUGCACCACACGGCAGAGCUGCAGCUGUGGCUCUGCUCUUCCAUGUUUCCUGGCACAGCUGUUAAACAGGCUCACUUGGCUGUUGCUCUAAUAAGUUGCUGCAGCUUUUGUUUCAUCUUUUCCCACCUGAUAGACUGGGUGGUUCCAUCACAGAAAGCACUACACUCUAAUGCCUUUCUUCUUUCUUUACAGGCAGGAGCUUUUUAUAUUUUUUCAUUACCUUACCCAUUGUGUUCUUCCAGAGAAUGUAACUGCAACUGUUCCAAUCGCACACCCUUUGUAUCACAGAUGAGAUUAACUGAGAACUUUUGUAUCAAAACAGUAACUUUAUUUGAGCCCUCACUUGCUUUUCUUAGGUAGUUUUCCUCCAUGUACUGUGUUACACUGCACACAACCUUGUGAAUAGCCUUGUUUGGAGGCUCUGAUCCAAUGGCAAAAUGCUGCAGAAUUUUUGUUUUAAUCUGGACCCACUGAGAACUCACCACCUUUGGUGAAACUUAUGUGCCUAAAAACCAAAUUCAUACUCUUUGCUUUUCUUGUAUGAACAUUUAAGAUGUCUUCUGAAAUCAAGUACUUGGAAGAACUCACAAACUUUCUGGUCUCUCCCCUGGGAGUGAGUUUCUGAACAGCAUCAUAGCCUAGUCCAAGUUUUAAGGCAGUACUUGCAUACAUUUGUUCCAUCUGCAGAAGCACAAAGAAUAUUGGUCUUGAGGUUAUUUCCACUUCGGUGUUCCUCUGGCUUGCCUGCUCAGAGCUGCAGAAUUAAUUCAGAGCAAGGACUGAAAUACAUGGAAUUCCUGGUACUCACUGAAAGCCAUCUGCACUGAGCUGCUGCUCUUCAAAGCAGGGAGCAUUCACCACCUAUGAGGUGUAACCAGGACUGACUCCUUGUUCCUAGUCUUGGAACUUGCAUUCUGGAGUGGCUGGUAGUUCACAGGGAAUAAGGCACCACACUGAAUUUCAGUAUGUGCUGCCAGUUUCUAGAGGAAUCCUAGGAAAAUAACUUCAUUUUGUUUCCCAAUAAUUGGUUGUGUUACAAUGUAAAUCCAAUGCUAGAAUAUGCCUUAUUUCUCCUGUAUAGGGUGGUUAUGAGCCUGUUGAAAAAGACUUGACAUUAUGCCAUCCCUAGAGCUUCCUGUGUGCUUAUAAAGCACAUAUUUGCAUAUGAACAGUUUGGAUUGCUGAUUUAAUUAAGACUGAAAAUAAUACCUUUGGACGUCUUUUUCCAGGGUACUUCAAAGUUGCUUAGUGGAUGUAAUCUUCUGACAAGAAAGACCUUCCAGUUGCUGCUGGAUUUAAUAGACUUGUGAAGAAUGCUUCAGUAAUGAACUAGUGAAUUCUGAUUCAACCUUGUCACUUUCCAACAAAACUUCCCUGGUAAAAAUUUCAGAAGUGCUUCAGUGGCUUGUUUGCUUUAAAGUUCUGCCUAUUACUUCUUUCACCAUCUAGUCCAUAAGUAAUAACUAGGAAACUUUUUGUUCUCAUGAAAUAUGUAGGAUCUUUGUACAUCCUGAAUGUCAAGUGUAGAGAACAACCCACUUCAGUCUGCCUCAACAGUGUUUCAGUCAGAUAUCCCCUGCAUAAAGAAAUACAAAUAAAGAUGUUUUUCAGGGCAUUUCAGGUGAGGUCUAUGGAAGGCACCAAGUUAAGUUCCAUGUGCUUUGUUAUAUAUAAAUGUCAUAUGGACCAUAUGCAAAUACAGUCUGCCAGAAAUCCUGCGAACUACUCAGGUUCAUGACAUGUCUGAAAUGAUCAGAUGUUUUUUUUAAAAAAGAAGGGCUUUGGUUUGAGCAGAAAUUUGAUGACUUGAAUCCAGUCAGUCUUGCCCUCUUUCCCCUCUUUCCACUUCUUCUGAGGUCAGGGUUUACUUCCAUCAUGAUGACCUCUCAGUUCUUGGAUCCAAGUUUGAAAGAGCUCCUGUAGAUUCUGAAGAAGUGACAUAAUUCUGUCUUCUGUCUGUAUGCUAACUGCUGCCUGAUCUUGUCUAGUUUGAUGGAUCUGAGUCCCAGGAUCUUAAUUUUGAGGUAAGAACAUAAGCUGGGAGCUGCUUAGAGGAGUUGCUGAAAGUGCAUUUAUCGUUCCUACAAGGUGAGGAGUUGCAUGGGGAUAUUUGCUGGUGUGCUUCCAGCUGCCAGUGUGCUUCCAGCUGCCAGCAUGCCCCUUGGCCUGCUGGCACUCAGUAGAACUAAUGACCUUAUAAGGCUAAAUUGUAUUUUGACAAUAAGCUUUUCCUGAAUAAGCCUGAUAAAGUUAUUUUGUGUGAAUUAUUAAAAAGUGGUUACUGUGCAUAAAUCUGAAAUGGAAUCUGUCCAUUGGUACCCAGAGGUUUGAUCUGUAAGGUGAAGUUGCUUUAAUCCAGAGCAGCAGCCUCUGUGUGGUGAGGGGCACCGUGCAGUCGUAGGGCUGUGUGUGAAACAAGUCUCUUGAUUUGAAUGGCAGGGUAGUUAGAAGAGCUGGUACCAAGUUUUCUGAGUGGGAACUUAAAUUGUAAUAGGGAAUCUCUACUGAACUCUUGUCAGUGUUUAAUUCUGUUUUAAAAUUACCAAAACAAAUAUUUGGUUAGACAAUCUAUUUUUCUAUUCAAACCUUGUAAUACUCAAUCACAUACAAGAGAUGAAGUGUUUCCCUGUAUCAGGUCAGGUGUCAAACAUUGAUAUUGCAAUAGAUUUUUUUGACACCACCCCAGUAAAAUGCUGUUCACUUUUUUGGUGUAUGAUUAUUAAAGUUUCAGAGUUCACUAUGACUCUAAGUGCAAGGUAGAUUAAACCAAAUGCUGGGAUCAGAUCCAUUCCGUGUCAUAACGCACACAUUUCUUCCUGUCUGAGAGCUCUCUGUGCGCUGCUUGCCUGAGACCGUGCUGCUGGUUAGAGCCUUUGCAGGAGGCAAGGUGCUCAUGUCUGAAGUAAUAAACAAGUGUUGGUAAAAAUCAACUGUACUCAUUGUAGGUUGAGGUUAAGAACUUUAUAAAAUUCAUGUCAGGUUCUCUUGCUGGAUUAAUGUAAACUGCUUUGUUUGCAGGGUUUAUUGUCAUCCCAAAACCAGGCCAAUUCUCCAAGUGGAACUGUAGUAUAGCCAUCACACUACUGCUAGCAAAUCUCUGAACGCAGGACAAGAAGUAAUGACAGUGGAACCACGAGCUGUUCUUCAGGCAAAGAGCAUCACAAAUUAUAAUGUGGCAGAGUGUAAACAUGGAAUUAUGUGAAUCACAUAGUGACUUGCAAAGGACAAAUGUAAGGAGUUCUCACUACAGCUGAUCCUGCUAGGCUGCUCACCCAAGGAAGAGUUUGCAUUGGAGAAAAAGCAAAAAGCUUCCUUUAGUAUUGCAGGAAAAAGUAGUAACAUUUUUGUUUUCUUUAUACUUUUCAAGUCCAGUGUAAUUUAAUCUCUAUAAAUAUAUAAAUAAAAGAUAUAUAUAUAUAUAUAUAUAUAGUGUAAAAUAAGAUAUGUUUCUUAAAUUCAAGUAAGUUCAAUGGUUAAACUAGUACUUCACCAUUGUUUAUUUUGCACUGAUUUUUUUAACCAGAGAUGGCUAGAAGACAGCCUGGAAUGCACUCAUGGAAAAUGAAAGUCAUUACUUUCUGGCUUCAAAAUGUUUUUCAGGAAGAUGGAUGCUGCAAUCAUAGAUUUUUUUAAAACAAAAUUGUUUUGCACUUAAAUAGUUUAAUGCUUAUAGAGAAUUACUUUAAAAUUGGUGUCCAGACACCAGAAAAACUAUGUUGUGGAGAAAAGAUCCUUUGUAUCUAUUAAACAUUUAUUUUAAUAUUGUUGUUUCCAACUGCAAUCGGCUCUGUAUUAUAUGUAUAAAUAAUGUAAUUCAGUGAUGGGGGAUGGGAGUAAUGGAUCAUUACACUAGAAAUUCUCAUUCAUUUAAGAAAGUGAUAUUUCUAAUUCAGAAAAUACAUAUUAAACUAUCUUGAAUAUGCAUUUUUGUUUACUUUCUGUUCAAAUCCAAUCACUUUUGAUGUAACCAAUUCUUUGCUGAAUUAAAUGUUUGGUACAGAAAUACUA